AUGCGGAAGCCGGCGCGCGAAGGAACUGUCUCGGCUGAUGAUGAAGGCAACACGCUGGAGACCUCGAAAGACUCGUGCAAGAACCCGGCGGAGUACUACAGCCGUACGGAAGAGAACUUCGAUGCCACCAGACUGACACAAAAGAAUCUACGCGAAAGAGAGCGAGUCUCUCCAGGACUGGAUCAUACGGCUGUGGUUCGAGUGGUACUACACCGCGACAAAUACUGCCAAUUCCGAGACAAAGAUCCCCUCGAAACGCUGAAGCUCAUUCCCAUCCAGAUCCUGCACAACUUCUUGCACUGGAUGUUGCAAAAGAGGAGCGACAGUCUCCGUGCGGCGAGCACGUUGCAAACAUACUGGAACACGUUCUGUCUGGUGCGGAAAAAGGAGACAGGAUGUCACACGAUCGAUCCUCUCAUCAAGAGCCAGAUGCACGGUGUCCGGCAACGCCUGGCUGAAGAAUUCAAACUGAACACGGAGAAGAAGCUAAAGCCCAUCAUGCGCGCCGAAGACGAGUUCGAGCUCUUAAAGACAUUCUGGAGCUCACCAGAGUUCACUGUGGAACAUGAAAGACUCCGUGUGCAGCUCGCGCUGCUCUUGCAGCUCGCGGGCAUCACCGGGAACCGGCCAGGCGCCCUCGUGGGUCUUCGCUACGAGCACAUCAAGGUUACCUUGCUUCGCAACCCCUCGGGGAGCGAGUGGCCGAGCGUGCUAAUUGAGUUGAUGUUCAAGAAUACCACGGGUUAUAUUGGUCUAAAAAUGCGUUCGUACACUCACAGCGCUUCCAUUCUGUGUCCUACGCUGAAACUGCAUCGCAGAUAUACGUGCGGUAUUCCUGAUGUGCCGAGCGAGCCAUGCCUUCUCCUCUGUCCCCGGAUCACGCUUCUCAGCUUGUUGUUCUCUGAUAAGGCGUUUGCAGCACCUGGCCUUACUCACCCGAAGAAACAGUUCGAGCUGAACCAGCAAGAGCUGCCGAUCAAGGGUUCCAUGACGGGCGUGCCUCUGUUCCGAAGGUUAGAGUCAACCGUCCACGGACUUCGAGUGUCAUCUAUAGCUGCAGCCACCGAUAACUGGCGGCGCGGAAGCAUGGCAACACUGGGUACCGUGACCGGAUUUGAGCUUCCAGUGGGCCCGCAUUGCUUUCGACGUGGCAACGGCGAAGCUUUAGACAACAGCAGCCUGAUCAGUGAUUCCCAGCGCAACCUCAUCCUACAGCAUGCAAGCUCAGCAGUGUUUCAGCACGACUAG